GGCCCCGCCCGCCCCGCUGCCAUUGACCCCACGGCUGCGGCCGGGCGGAGCCGGGCGUGUGCUGUGCGCGGACACGCGGGGACAGACAGCAGCACGGGCCGCUCCACGGCCGCCCCACCCCUGCCGUGCCCAGGCCCGGGCUGGACGGGGCUGGAGCAGCCUGGCGGCUGGAACGUGUUCCCCCUGCCCGCGGCAGGGCUGCAGUCGGGUCACCGUUAAGGUCCUUCCAACCCAAACCCUUGGAUUUUUCAGUGAAAACCCUCCAAACCCAGGGGUUGUCCUGAUGGUUUUUGUUGUUGUGACAGCUCCUGUCAGCGGUGCUUAUUUUGCAGCAUUACCCCAUUAUUUUCCCUCGUUAAUGACACGAGCUCUGAAUUACAAGUGAAGCCGGUGUUCUCACCGCAGACACUCACUAAAAACUACCGGGUGACAAGAGAAACCACGGCAGGAAAUUUCUUUCGAAUAAUCAGAGCACCUUGGAAUAGAUGUGAGCACAAGGCACUGUGCUGGAUAAAGCUGCCUUGAAGCACCAUGGCUGCCGCCCCUUAUCUCAACUCAGACGCGCUGCGAGAGGUCCUGGAGUGCCCCAUCUGCAUGGAGUCCUUCACCGAGGAGCACCUGAGGCCCAAACUGCUGCACUGUGGGCACACCAUCUGCAAGCAGUGCCUGGAGAAGCUCCUGGCAAACAGCAUCAACGGCAUCCGGUGCCCCUUCUGCAGCAAGAUCACGCGGAUCACCAGCUUGGCUCAGCUCACUGACAACCUCACCGUGCUGAAGAUCAUCGACACGGCUGGCCUGGGGGAAGUGGUGGGACUUCUCAUGUGCAAGGUCUGCGGGAGGAGGCUGCCAAGACACUUUUGCAAGAGCUGUAGCUUGGUUUUGUGUGAGCCGUGCAAGGAGGCUUCGCACAUGCCCCCAGGACACAGAGUCAUGGCUAUCAAAGAGGCUGCUGAGGAGCGUAGGAGGGAAUUUGGGACGAGGCUUGCCAGGCUUCGAGAGCUCAUGGGUGAUCUUCAGAAAAGGAAAGCUGCUCUGGAGGAUGUUUCAAGAGACCUGCAAUCCAGAUACAAAGCGGUUCUGCAGGAGUACAGCAAAGAGGAGCGCAAGAUCCAGGAAGAACUGGCCAGGUCACGCAAGUUCUUCACUACCUCUUUGACUGAAGUGGAGAAGAUAAAUAACCAGGUGAUGGAAGAGCAGGCUUACCUGCUGAACUUAGCAGAAGUGCAGAUAAUGUCUCGCUGUGACUAUUUCCUUGCCAAAAUAAAGCAGGGGGAUAUUGCUCUCCUGGAGGAGGCAGCAGAUGAGGAAGAACCAGAACUGACAAACAGUCUCCCAAGGGAGCUGACUCUCCAAGAGGUGGAACUCCUUAAGGUGAGCCAUGUGGGACCACUGCAGAUUGGGCAGGUGGUGAAGAAACCCCGGACCGUUAACGUGGAGGAAUCUCUCAUGGAAAAUGCAGCAUCCUCCUUUGUACCAUUUAGGGAGCCUGACCUGGUGCAAGAGGAGCCCAGCUGCACCCCCCAUUCCUCGCCAGCCAAGCCAAGGAUGCCUGAAGCAGCCACAAGCAUCCAGCAGUGUUCCUUCAUCAAGAAGAUGGGCUCCAAGGGCAGCCUGCCAGGGAUGUUCAACCUCCCUGUCAGCUUGCACGUCACCAGCCAAGGCGAGGUGCUUGUGGCAGACCGGGGCAACUUCCGAAUCCAGGUUUUUACCCGCAAGGGCUUCCUGAAGGAGAUCCGCCGGAGCCCCAGUGGCAUCGACAGCUUUGUGCUGAGUUUCCUUGGAGCAGACUUGCCCAACUUGACCCCUCUUUCUGUCACCAUGAACUGCCACGGGCUGAUCGGUGUGACAGACAGCUACGACAACUCUGUCAAGGUGUACACCAUGGAUGGCCACUGCGUGGCGUGUCACCGCAGCCAGCUGAGCAAGCCCUGGGGCAUCGCCGCGCUGCCCUCGGGCCAGUUCGUCGUCACCGACGUGGAAGGGGGGAAGCUCUGGUGCUUCACCGUGGACCGUGGCAUGGGGGUGGUGAAGUACAGCUGCCUGUGCAGUGCUGUGCGCCCCAAGUUUGUCACCUGCGACGCUGAAGGGACCAUUUACUUCACUCAGGGGCUGGGGCUCAACCUGGAGAACCGGCAGUACGAGCACCACUUGGAAGGAGGCUUCUCCAUCGGCUCCGUUGGCCCAGAUGGGCAGCUGGGACGCCAGAUUAGCCAUUUCUUCUCUGAGAAUGAGGAUUUCAGGUGCAUUGCUGGGAUGUGUGUUGAUUCCAGGGGAGACCUGAUCGUUGCUGACAGCAGUCGUAAGGAAAUCUUGCAUUUUCCUAAAGGAGGCGGCUACAACAUCUUAAUUCGGGAGGGACUCACCUGCCCAGUGGGUAUUGCUGUUACUCCCAAAGGGCAGCUGCUGGUGCUGGACUGUUGGGAUCAUUGCAUAAAGAUCUACAGCUACCACCUGAGAAGAUACUCCACCCCUUAAAGGCUUGGUUGUAAGCAAAGCCUGUCUUGGCAGUGGAGAUUCUUGCAGCCUCCUCACAAUCCAACUGGAACCAGUGUCAAGCCUUCAGGAAGAUUGUGCCAUAACUGAAGGGGAUUUGGCAUAGAGGUCAUCAUGUUCUGUGUUUAGAAACAAAAUCGCUUUUGUGGUGGUGGUGUUGGUCUUUUUCUUCUUCUUUUUUAUAUAAAAUCCAUACAAAUAAGAACAAACGCGAUGGAAAGGAUCCAUCCUUUGCAGUCUUGGUUCUUGUGACUAGUAACUCCAUAAACCACUUCACCUCCUUAUGCCACACAACUCCUACACUUCCAGCUUCAACCAUUGUGUCUUUCUUUGUGCCAUAAACACUGACUGACUGCUCUAAAUCACCUUCCCGUAGAGAACUAGCAGAGGCAAUCCUGUGGUACUUGCAAGGAACUGGGUAGCAGUUGUCUGGGCAACUCCUGGAGAGAGCAAUUUGUGCUUGCAGCACUGCAUAAAACGAAAUGGCCACUUCAGCCACGCGGAGAUGAAGCUGUGCUUCCACCCUGACGAGGCAGGGUUGUCUCUCCCAUUUUUCUGGUGUUCAGGAGAUUGCCCCGUCGUGCCAUUUGUGAAUUGUGUCUGUUCUGUGUGAAGUGAGUACUGUGCAAUCGUGGGAGACCGAGCUGAGCCAGAAAAUUGCCCUUUUUAUUCCUGAGUUGUAAGAAGACAGGGGUUUUAUUACUAAUCAGAGUUCUGCUAGAUAGAAAGGGGUAAAAAGGGAGGGGGCUGGAGAAAAAAAAAAAAAAAAAGAUGGGAAGCCUAGGGUUGCUAUUUACUGUUGUUUUACUAUUAAAUGUAUCCUGGAAACUGUCUUUGGAAGGUCUAUCUGAUAUCUAAAAAUUCCUGGGGAAGAGGGGAAGAGCUGGCGGAAUAAGAAUGGGAGAUUGUAGGAAAUGAGAUUAAAUGCAACGUAUUGUAUGUUCACCUGCACUUCACUACUCUGCAUUCCAGACCACUGCAUUUAGCAAUAGGUUUCCACUCAUCUGCAUCUCCUCUGUGCAAGGUACUCACUUCUGAGAUAGGGUUGGGCAGGGGAGACUAUUUCACUUCUAUUUUUUUAAGAUCUGGAAGCACAUCCAUUGGUACACUGCCUUUUUUUCCCUUGCACAGCAAAACACUACAU